AUGAGCGGCACCGGAGCUCGGCGUUGGGACAUCGCGGAGACGCAUUACGUCGUGAAGCAGAAGGCAGAGACGGGCAGCAAGUUUGUGAACAACUACCGAGUGCUGCAGACGCUUGGGCAGGGCCGUUUUGGCAAGGUAAAGCUCUGUGAGAGACUCACAAGCGGUGUGGCAUCAGCUACCAACGGCGCUGCAGCAGGAAAUGCUGCUAUUGUUGCAAUUAAUGGCGAUGCUGACGCUCCGGCUGCUACGUCGCCCCCUCCAGCUUUUGCACCGCCCAAGACACGGCUAUUUACAAUGAAAAUCUAUUCCAAGAAGAUGCUGCUCCGUCUCAAGGACUAUUGCGUGGAUCCGGCGGAGCAGCAACUGGGAGCAAUACAAAACGAUGCUGGAGAAGAUGCAAUACCGAUGAUAAUGCGAGCGGUGACGGCGCUGGAUCGAGUGCAUGACGAGAUUAAUAUCUUGCGCUCGCUGUACCAUCGCAACAUCGUGCUGCUAUUCGAAGUUAUCGAAGCUGACGACAGCGACAAGCUCUACAUGGUGCUUGAGUACAUGCCAGGCGGACCGUGUAUGACAUAUCGACCGGAUACGAAGGAUUUCUAUAGCUGCGCUACAGGAGGUUUGCUGUCAGAGGAGCUGGCACGCAGCUACCUAUCCGAUAUCCUGCUUGGAUUGCAAUAUUUGCAUCAACGACGAGUUUGCCACCGCGAUAUUAAGCCAGACAACAUUCUACUGAACGACUCUGGGCGCUGUCACCUCACCGAUUUUGGAUGCGCAAGAGCAUUUAGCCACACCUCGGAAGACGUGUCGGGGGCUACAGAAAACAGUGUUACUGAACCAGUGCUCCUGUCCGACACGGCUGGGACGUAUCAGUUUCUGGCUCCGGAGUGCUGCUCUGGUGAGCCGUACGACCCCUUCAAAGUGGAUAUCUGGGCUGUGGGCGUUGUUUUCUUCAUUUUCCUCUUCGGGAGACUGCCAUUUACGUCUGAGAGCACUCGGGAACUGUUUGACGCGAUUAUUCGCGCUGAAAUCGUGCUGGCUGGCACUGACGAGUCUCGCCGCGCGGUGCCACUUAGCCCCGAGGGCGAGAACGUGCUCCGUCGACUGCUAGAAAAGGACACGGAACAGCGGAUUUCCAUUGCGGAAGCCCUCAGCCACCCGUGGUUCACCCAGGACGACGAUGAUGAAGAACCUUUGUCAUUCUGA